AUGAGUCGGCAACCAGUAGAUAACAACCACGAAUCUUCUGAAUAUGAGGAAGACGACGACGACUCUGAAUAUGAAGAUAUAGAAAUUACUAGCUGGGGCGACAAUGUAAAGAGCGAGCCAGCUACUUGGGAUUCUCUCAUAGAUCAUUCAACUAAAGUAAAAGCAGGUGGUAUAGGCAACGGAGACCUCCAUAGACGUGGAGCUAACUUUAAGCCUGUGUCUGAGGACUUUAUCCUUGCUCAACGUUUAAAAAAGCCUAUUCCAAGUGCCCUUGGUGGUAAAAAACCUAAGAAGAAAUCCAAAAAGAAGCCCAAGGACACUACUCCUUUCUCUAACACUACUAGGGCAACGGCCCCUAUUGUUCGACACAGCAAUGCUGAUAGACCCUAUGUACCAAUUACUCACAAACCUAUGGCUCAGCGUGCUGCACCUAUUAACUCUGUCUGGGGUAUGGCUAAUUUAUCAUCUGAACCUUUUUGGGAGCAAAAAAAGCCUCAGUCUUUUCCUCCUCCAGCUCAAAAACAAAAACCUAUAGCACAAUCUCGAGCACGACUUCCUGCGACUUCUGAAAUAAAACCAUCUAACCCUCAAAUAUCAACACAGCAUCAAGAGCAAAGACUCAUUGCUCAACCUACUCCUCCAAACAGUUUAAUGAAAGGUAAAUGGAGUCUUGAUGCUGAGGAAUUUAAGCCCAAAUCUGCACCUCCAUCAAACUUACAAUCCCCUUCAAGUGCUAUUAUACCAUCAUCUUCUGCUCAUCAAAUGAGCGCCUUUGCAUCUAAUUUCAGUCCUCCACCCAGUCCAUUCACCCCCAAUGCUUCAGUGCAAAGCACACCUUUAAAUGUACAAGCAAAACCCUUCGAUCCUCUUUUUCAAUUACCCGUAUCCAAACCUGUCAAGGUCUCCACUCCACCUGCGCCUAAUGAACCUGCAUCUGCUCCACCUACAUCUACUGCUACGGCAUCUAAUGCUAGCACACCAUCAGUGAAACCUCGAGUCAAAUUGGACAAGUCAUUAAUCACAAAGCAUUUGUUAUCCAAACCAGCUCAAGACACUGUCCCUUGGUUCCGAAUUGAAUUAGCUAUAGCAGAUGGUAUUAGUACGACGAUUUCGGUCUUUAAAGACUCGGAUCCAAAGCAGAUUGCCGAAGAAUUUGGUCAUAAACACAAUUUGAAUGUCACCGAAAAAGCUAAAGAAGGUAUUGCAAAUAGAAUUACUCAACUUAUGAACAACAUGAAAAAACAACAAUAA